UAUCUAACCUCGAAAUAGAGUUGUUUAGCGGUUGUUUUAGCGUGUAAAAUUCAAUUCGAUUUUGAUAUUAGAGAUGAAGAUUGUUUUUUACUUUAGUGCGAUACUUUUCUUUUCGUUAUGUGUGGAAAGUGCAAAGAUUCUAGGGGUUUUCCACAUGCCAUCACCUAGCCACUACAUGUCUUGUAGUACCCUGAUGAAAAUUCUAGCCGAAAAAGGUCACGAUGUAACAGUUGUUUCUGCCUUCAUUGAAAAAAACCCUCCCAAGAACUACAAACAGAUUCAUCUUGAUGGGCUACAACAAAGACUAAAGGAAAAUUCCAUCAACUGGUUCGAAACCACACCUCAACCCCUGCUUAUGCCUAUCUUCUUCCACGCCAUGACAUCCAGUCUGAUAGAAAAUACUUUCAAUCACUCAGUGUUUCAAGAAUUCAUGAAGACAGAGGAGAAAUUCGAUGCUGUUAUUAUUGAAGAAUUUCAAGCAGAAGCUAUUAAAUACGUGGCUCACCAUUUCAAUGCCCCCCUGAUUGUGUACAGCUCAGGUGAUGCAAAUGAUUGGACCAACCCCUUUCAAGGAAACCCAGACACACCAUCCUACCAACCCAGUACCUAUUUGACACAUCUCACUAACCAUAUGUCAUUUCUGGAGAGAGUAGAGAAUACUUUUUUCUACUUAUACGCCAAAGUUUUCUUCAAUCUGAUAGUCUUUCCUUCUCACAAUAGAUUACUUCACAAGUAUUACCCAAAUUCUCCCGAUCUGACAGACAUUGCUUACAACGUUUCCUUAGUUUUGCUAAAUUCUGAUCCAAGUGUUCAUGAGCCUAUAGCCAAAGUGCCAAGCAUGAAGGACAUUGGUGGUUUCCACAUAAGGAAGCCCAAGCCAUUGCCUCAAGAUCUUCAAACUGUUAUGGACAACGCAAAACAUGGCAUUAUCUACUUCAGCUUGGGCUCCAAUGUGAAAAGUAAAGACAUGCCUAAGGAAAAGAGAGACUUUAUACUCAGGAAGUUCUCCAAACUCAAAGAGACAGUCAUCUGGAAGUUUGAAGACCCUAACUUACCUGGCAAGCCUGACAAUGUCAUCAUCAGUAAUUGGCUACCACAAAACGACAUUUUCGCUCAUAAAAAUGUGAAACUGUUCAUUUCUCAUGGUGGCCUCUUCAGUACCAUGGAGGCAGUGUACCAUGGACUGCCUGUUAUGGCCAUAUCGGUCUUUGCUGAACAAAAACUCAAUGGAAAAAGAGCAGAAUCUAAUGGAUUUGCUAGACAUGUUCCUUUCAAAGAACUAACAGAAGAAAAUUUCAGUGAACUUUUGGACGACUUGCUGAAAGAUCCAAAAUAUAAGGAAAAUGCCAAAAAGAGAUCUCAAAUCAUGAGAGAAAAACCUAUGCAGCCUGCAGAUGCUGUUAAUUUUUGGGUGGAGUAUGUGAUAAAACACAAGGGUGCUCCACAUCUCAGGGUUGCAUCUCUGGACCUGAAUUGGUACCAAUAUCUGCUGAUAGAUGUCGUGCUCUUCGUUUUAGCUGUAGUUGCAGCAGCAGUUUUCGCUUUGAGGUUUUUGGUCAAGUUCUUGUUUAAGAGGAAACCAGUUUCCGAGAAGAAGAAGAAGAAUUGAUAUUAUUUUCGCUUUACAGAGGAUGGUAAUGAAAAUAAUGUAUUCUUCCUAAAAAGUUUUUACACUUUUUUAUUAUCGAAUUUUGUGAUAUUUUUUCAAUAUAUAUCUUGUUAUGUUUCUUUC